CUUAAAAUAAGACGGAUUCCGUUCACAGCCUUAAUCUCCUACCUAGACCUUAUCCACAUCUUAUAAUGGCAUUGUACCGUCCGAGUACGUCAACGGGUCAUGCGGGAGACGCCGCAUAAAGCAAGUAUUAAGACUUUUUCGUAUACCAACCUGCCAACCUUGUUCAGGGGGAAGGGAUCCUAAGGAGGCACGUGAUUAUUCAUAAAGGGCACUAUGAGGUCCUAUUUCAUAUUUCAAAAUUCUCGUAGCCAAGUUUGCAAAAAGUUAUCUCGGCCAACCAUAUCGACUUCCUAACAACGUCACUAUACAACAUCUCAACUCAACCUCAACCUCACCUUACCUCACCACAUCGCAUAGACUCUCUAACCUUACUCCCUUUAACUACUACCACUAACCACCACACAACCACCAUUACCACCAUCACCAUCACCACCAUCACCACUUGUAAAUAAUUCGCCAUGGUCGAAGGCAAGGACGUGAUACUGGUGACCCAGUUCCCGUCAGAUUCUUGGUUUGAAGGUUUCGCAAAGCGCCCCAAUGGCACGAUAUUAGCUGCUCGGCUGGACGAACCCGAUUUAUACACAUUCGACGCUGAGGACAAGGAUGCGAUACCACAGCCAAUCUACAACUUCGAAGAUGUAGCCAAUGGCCUCUGCAACAUGUGCCCGAUACCGGACAGCCCCGACGAAUACCUGGUCCUCUCGAGCGUGAUCGACCUCGCGAAUGUCAACUUCGACGACAUCAAGAUAUGGCGCGUAGCGCUCAGCCCAGACGACAGCAGCCCGCCCCAAGUAAAACAAAUACCUGUUGAUCUUUCGGAUACCGGAUUCGCCAUUGGCAUCAUCGCCGUCACAAGUCGCAUAUUCGUCAUCCCAGACUCGUUUAAGGGCUGCAUUUGGCGUCUGGAUAUAGAAAAGGGGGAGCUGACGUUGCUGAUAGCCGACGAUUCUAUGAAGUCUGCGGGCAACGAGGGCGACUUCUUUGGCCUAAAUCGCGUACGCGUCACCGAGGAUUUCAUGUGGUUCACCAACACCAGUGCUGGUACGCUGUGUCGCAUUCCAAUUGACCGAGUCCCCGAUGAGCCAUCGGUGGGAUUACGUGUGGCGGGACCGGUGCAGGUGGUCGCGGACGAUGUACCGCAUUGCGACGGUCUGGCCCUCACCGAGGACCAGACCACGGCCUACACCUGCAACUACAACGAGGGUUACGUCUGGAAGGUCACCAUCGACCCCCCCACUGGCAAGUCAGAAACCAGCGUUUGCCUGAAGAAUCUAUCCGCCCCGACGACGGUGGAGAUGGCGUACGUGGACAAUCAGCCAAGAUUAUAUGUUGCAUGCUGCGGCGAGAUCGAGAUAGGCUGGGUUCGGCAGGACGACCCGAAUUACUGGAAAGAAAUUGCAGAUAUCAAUUCGGCAGUCACUGUUACAGUUGUUACGCAUGAGGAAACGGUAGAAGCGGCUUAAUUAUAAAAAUGCUACAGCAUAUUGGGGGAAAAAAAAUCGGAGUUUUAGUUUGAAUUUUUCUUAUCUUUUCAAUGCUGGCGCAAACUCAUGACCAAUCCUCUAUAUUACCUCUAUACCCAUCCCCCUCAUUCACCCCUAUUUUUUUAUUGACGGCGUGCCGCAUACC